CUGGAAGAAGAGAAAUGGAGCCCUAGCUCCUUGCCCCCUUCCCCACCCUCCCUCUUAGGUUGUGUGAGAUGUUACCUUUCACCCAAACAUCAUCUUCCUGAUUUCAGACCUUAACUCUGGUCUCUGAGUUCUGCUUAGUUCCACAUUUUCUACCCAUUUGCACAGAGGACCACCACCUCUCCUUUCUGGAAUCGCUAAGGUUUGCUACUUCACUUAUGACCUGGUCAUCAGCCCUACUAAUUCAGCUGAGAUGGAAGUGCCCACCCCCUCCAAAACACUUAAGCCUCCUGAUCUCAAUGAAGAGUCUUUGGACCCUAGGAUUCUGAUUGCCUUAUUUGAAAUCGGAUCACUUCCCCCAGUUUCUUGCAGUUCUCUUCCUUCGCUAAAAAGUAGUGACCAUGAAGCAACUGAACAGCGAAUUGCAAAGAAGUUUGAAAGCCUCUUAAAAGAAAUUAAAGAUAUUGUUAAACAUGUGACAAGUUAUGAACAGAAGGUCACAGAAACAAAAGAAUCUUUUAAGGAAACCAAUAUGUCUGAGGUGACAGAACUUAGAGAAAAAAUCGUAGAACUUGAUGAAAUAAAUAAAGUACUAGUGAAAAAACUGCUUGCUAGUUUGGACCUAGGGAAAAAAGAGAAUGCAAAGAAACAGGAGAUGAGGUUGGACAACCAGAAAUCUGAGGACACAGUGCAAGACUGUUCAAGGGAUUUGGUAAAUUGUUCAAAAGGACAAAACGCCCUUCCUGAAACUCAGCUAAGUAAGGAAAAAGCAAAGCACAGAUUCCCUGACAUUCAAGAAGAAAAUACCAGACUGAGGAACAACAUGGAGCAGUUACUACAGGAAGCAGAACACUGGAGUGUGGAACAUACCGAACUCAGCAAACUAAUAAAAUCCUAUCAGGAAUCUCAGAAUGACAUCAAUACUCUUAAAAAUAAUGGCACCCAUUCCCUAACUCAAACAAAUAAUGAGUCAGCUAAGCAAGAACUGGAGGAACAAGUGAAGAGACUGAGACGAGACACAUAUGUAUUGCAUUUGAUUGCAACCUUGCUGGAGAGUGAAUGCCAGAUCUUAGAGCAGAGAGUAGAGCUGCUCGAUGAACUCCAUCAUCAGAAGGAAGAGCCUCUGCAAGGGGAGCCCGUGCAAAUAAAUCACAAGCAGAACGACAAGGAACAGAAGCCACCAGAGGCAGACGAGGUCAAAGUACAUGAAAAAAACACGCCAGAAGUGGAAGGUACAUUUCACAAAAGAGAUCAGUUCUUUAGAAGCCUGGAUAUUUGUCACAAUAAGAAAGCUCAUAAUAACCAGUUUAAUACUCGUAUUGCAAAAAGAGCUCUUGUGGUAAAGAGGCCAGCUAGCAGCUUAAGUUAAAAAAUACCAAAAGUAGAAGAAAAGGCAGAUCUUCAAAAAAUUAUAUGGUACAUCCAACUUCAGGCAUAUCAAUCAUCAAACCUAAGAGACACCUGUUUGUUCAACCAAGAAAUAGCCAUAGAACAAGAAGGUUAACAUUUAACACUAUUCAUUACCUUGACGGUUAGGUAAGUUUGGUCUUUAAUGACCAUCAAUGUCAACUUUUGCUCACAUUAGUCAUCUUUACAAGCUGGUUUUUUAGUUAUUACACAGAGAGCUAUGACACUUUAACCAAAAGUGAGAAUUUAUAGGUCCAAAUAAGUAAAGACCUAAAUAAAAACCACAACAAACAAAG